GCUCAAAAAAACAAUCAUUCUUUAUACUUGAGUAAAGAGCAACCAAGAUAAAGCCUUGGCCCAACCUAUUUUUUAACAUGACACACAUCUUGGCCAAUCUUGUAUGAAUUUAUCUAUCUUUCAAAGACUAUCGUUGCUUUUGUAUCGAAUAUAUAUAUAUAUAAAAAGAGGCUCCAAACACAAAAUAAUAUUUUUCUUUUGUACACGAAUGGACGCAAGUGAAAUUAACUCAAUUGCUAAACGAAUCACACAGCAAUGGAUAACCAUGAUACAAUCUCGCGUGUCAAGGCCCUCUAAUGCAUCUUCAAAAGCAUUUCUUAACCAACUGGAAGCCAACGGAAGGGUUGUCUUUAAAUACCAAGACCGAGAUCUCUUAGACAAAGCUCUUGAAUAUAUUCCUCUUCAAAGACUAUACGAUGAAGCAGAAGCCAUUCUUGAGCAAACUGAAGGAUCGCUCGAGGAUGUAGUUAUUCAAAGACUGCUACACUGGUUCAAGCAUGAAUUCUUUAGCUGGGUCAAUAAUGCACCUUGCGACUAUUGCUCAAGUACUCAAACCAAGUCGAAUGGUCUAACACAGCCUAGUCAAGAAGACUUGCGCUAUGGAGCUCAUGUAGUCGAAACCUAUCAAUGUCUUUCUUGCCAUCAAAUCACACGAUUUCCUCGAUACAAUGAUCCAGGGAAACUGCUAGAGACAAGGAGAGGCCGAUGUGGCGAAUGGGCUAACUGUUUUACUUUAUGCUGUCAUGCAGUUGGAUCUGAAGCUCGUAUUAUAUACGAUACUACAGACCAUGUUUGGACUGAAGUCUAUUCUGAACAUGAACAACGUUGGGUUCAUUGUGACGCUUGUGAAGAAGCUUGGGAUAGACCUUUGCUAUACAGUAUGGGUUGGAAUAAGAAACUAAGUUACUGCACUGCGUUUUCUAUAGACGAAGCUAUCGAUGUCACAAAAAGAUAUACAAGAAAUUGGCCUGAAGUCCUCAAAAGACGAGACAAAAUAAGCGAGUUAGAAUUAUCGAAGCUUCUUGACGAAAUAACAGCAAAGCGUCAAGAAGGCUAUGAUGCCGAUAGAAAACAGAAAUUACAUGCUAGACGAUUAGAAGAAUUCAUUCAAUUAGAGCAAGAUAGUAAAAAGAAGAUUAUUAAAGAAGAUGAGUUGACUGGCAGACAAAGUGGUUCACUUGCUUGGCGCACAAGUCGUGGUGAAACAGGCCAAGUUUCUUUAACCGAAAACAAAAUGAGUCUAUUGAAUUAAACGCACUCUAUUCCUGUGGGGCUUGAUUGUCGAUUUUGCUUGUUAGGUAAUGCCGUCGUAGAAAGCAGCAAUCAAUCGUAUGUUUCCAAUGUACCCAUGAUAAGAAUCACCAAAGCAUUGCCUGAUCAAAGAGGAGCUACCUAUCUUUCCCAAACGAUAACCUUAAGCGACAAUCUAAAGGGAAUUGAAGUUGAGUUUGUUUUUCGUAUUACUAACAAGGAUGGCGGACCAGCUGUAAAUGGUGCGGA